CUCUGCUUUAGGAAACUCACCAGAGUGAGACCUCCCGUCUCUGCUGGGCUCUCUGCUUUAGGAAACGUGGCCUUACCGAGUCUCCAGCAGAACCUGGUAGAUGAAUGAGAACCACGCAGCGUCCUUUUCCUUCCGUCUGUCAGUUUCCGCCGCGGUCCCGGUAGUCUUCUGAGCCCACCUCUGUGAAGAACCAUGUCUGAGACAGAACACGUCCCGCUCUCGGCCCCCGAGGCCGCCGCUGCCCUGAACGCUACCGACUCCAACGGCACCGAGGCUCUGAACGCUACCGCUAAGUUCGUGGCAACUCCGGAGGGCACUGCGCUGGCGUACGGCAGCCUGGUGGUCAUGGCCCUGCUGCCCAUCUUCUUCGGAGCCCUGCGGUCCGUCACCUGCUCUAAAUCCAAGGAACUGGGAGGAAAUGAUUAUGGUUCCGGAUUCGGAAAUUCCUCCGACGCUCCGGAGACCAUCACCAGCCGGGACGCGGCUCGCUUUCCCAUCAUCGCCAGCUGCACCCUGUUUGGACUCUACCUGUUCUUCAAGGUGUUCUCUCAGGAGUACAUCAACCUGCUGCUGUCGGUCUACUUCUUUGUUCUGGGAGUUCUGGCUCUGUCUCACACCAUGAGUCCUCUGAUGUCCAGAAUCUUUCCAGAGUCGUUCCCGAACAAACAGUACCAGCUGCUGUUCACCCAGGGCUCCGGAGAGACCAAAGAAGAAAUAGUGAAUUAUGAGUUUGACACAAAGACGCUGGUUUGUCUGCUGAUCAGCAGCGUGGUCGGGUUCUGGUACCUGCUCAAAAAGCACUGGAUAGCCAAUAACCUGUUUGGUCUGGCCUUUGCCCUGAACGGGGUGGAGCUGCUGCACCUCAACAACGUCAGUACCGGCUGCAUCCUGCUGGGGGGGCUCUUCAUCUACGACGUCUUCUGGGUGUUUGGGACCAACGUCAUGGUGACGGUGGCUAAGUCGUUCGAGGCUCCGAUCAAACUGGUGUUUCCUCAGGACCUUCUGGAGAAAGGUCUGGGAGCCAGUAACUUUGCCAUGCUGGGACUGGGAGACAUCGUCAUUCCGGGCAUCUUCAUCGCCCUGCUGCUGCGCUUCGAUGUCAGCCUAAAGAAGAACAGCAGGACGUAUUUCUACUCCAGCUUCCUGGCCUACAUCUUUGGACUGGGCCUCACCAUCUUUGUCAUGCACACCUUCAAGCACGCACAGCCCGCUCUGCUCUACCUGGUUCCCGCCUGUGUCGGGUUCCCGGUCCUCGUGGCGCUGCUCAAAGGAGAGCUCAUGGAGAUGUUCAGGUAUGAGGAAGAUUCGGCUGAGGAGGCGGAGCCUAAAGAGGACUCAUCCGAAUCUGAGAAAAAGGACCAAUAAAAUUCAUCUCUGGCCCCCACCACCACCACCACCUUCACAUUUUACUGAAGCUCCUCCCCCUCCCUCCUCUCCAGCUUCCUGUUUUUCAGCAGGAAACUGGACAGAUUUCCUGUUGCCAUUGUGUUUGUCUGUGGUAACCAUGGAGAUAGCUGCUGGUCUCCAUGGUUACGGCUCUCAACCUGCCGCUGGUGUUUGUUACAACUUGGUGCCUACAUGACCCCCCCCCCCCCCCCCCCCCCCGUACUCACACAAGAACAUGGCGCUGCUGCAUGGGUGUGGCGGAAUGUUGGGGGCGGAGUCAGACUCUCCAUCGUCACCUGUUCUUGUGUGUUUGCAGCCCGUCCUCUCGGAUUGAUCAGGAGUCCAUUUGGUUCCGUCUCCAGGACUAAACCCGAACCAAAUUCUAAUCCUGAGCUUAACUUCAUCAUCCGGGUCUGAGUCCUAAUCUGUCUGAGUCACGGUCCCUGGUGGUCCCAGUCCCUCUGGGUUCCGGUCUUCCUGGGUCCCGGUCCCUGGGGGUUCCGGUCCUCCUGGAUCCCGGCCCCUGGGGGUCCCGGUACGCCUGGGUCCCGGCCCCUGGGGGUCCCUGUCCUACUGGGUCUCGAUCCCUGGGAGUUCCGGGCCUCCUGGGUCCUGAUCUACCUGGGUCCCGGUCCCUGGGGGUUCCGGUCCUCCUGGGUCCCGGCCCCUGGGGGUCCUGGUACGCCUGGGUCCCGGCCCCUGGGGGUCCCUGUCCUACUGGAUCUGGGUCCCUGGGAGUUCUGGUCCUCCUGGGUCCUGAUCUACCUGGGUCCCGGUCCCUGGGGGUUCCAGUCCUCCUGGGUCCCGGUACGCUUGGGUCUCGGUCCCUGGGAGUUCCGGUCCUCCUGGGUCCUGAUCUACCUGGGUCCCGGUCCCUGGGGGUUCCGGGUCUCCUGGGUCCCGGCCCCUGGGGGUUCCGGUCCUCCUGGGUCCCGGCCCCUGGGGGUCCCGGUACGCCUGGGUCCCGGCCCCUGGGGGUCGCUUUCCUACUGGGUCACGGUUCCUGGGGUCCUGGUCCAUCCGGGUCUUUGCUUGUUUUUAUUUGCUUUAGUUUAAUUUUGUUGUUCAAAAACCAGAGUUUUAUGGAAACAUUCAGCUGGAAGCUUCAGUUUUUUAUCGUUUACGGUUUCUUAAUCUUUAUUUUUGUCUUCUGGAGGCCAUCUGGAGGCGAAGGCCGUGCUUCUGGACAGAACCGUUCUGUGAAGGUGACUCAGACCCAGACCAGGUUCCAGCAUCACACCCAGCUUCUUUCAUCAAAGCCAAACCAAGUUUUUAAUUUGGUAAAAUAUCGGAACGUUUUGGUUCCGGAUGUUUGAGUAUUAAAUAUUAAAAAUAUAAAUCGGCUUCGAGGUUGUCGGGUAAAAAACUUCGUAAUGAAUUAAAUAAAACGGGAUUUUCUCGAUGCGUUGGAAAAGCUGCAGCUGUUGGAGUUUUUUCUCACAUCUGGACCCUCAUCUAAACCUGGAGACUCCCAUGAUGCAUCUGUCCACAGCCCUGUUCCAGAGCCGAGGGACGCCACAGAGUUGAUCAGAGGGACUAGCGUUAAAUGUAAAAUAUAGAAAUGAUAUUUAAACAAAGUCGUUUUGAUCUUUUCUAGAUGAACUUUUGUGGAUCUGUAGUUUUCUGGAUGCCGGAUAAACGGAAGCAGGUGAUAUUCCUGCCGUUGUCCAUGUGGAUGCUUUAUGGAACGAUGUAGUUUUGUACCGUAAGAGUUGUGCUCUAAUAAUUCCACACUUCGUGCAUCUGGAAGGUUUGUGUUCUUCCUCUCUGGGUGUUUCUGUCAACGGUCGUUUCACAGCUCCGCUAUUUUGUGUUCAAUAAAACUUUUGGUGUUUGGAUCAUCAAAGAAGCAGA